AUUAUUUGGCCAACUAUGCAGACGUACAUUGAUAACCACCAUCGCGCGCAAUUUAAAUUCCUCUUAUCCCAAAUAAACCCCAAUCUUAAUCCGAGGCUACGGAAAGCAAACACCAAAGACGUCGCGGUGCAGGUCAAUCCGAAGGAUGUUUCUGUGCAGUGUUCCCUCGGCCCACGGACCCUCAUAGCCAGAAAGCGAGACACUUUGCGCAAGAGAAGACAAGAGACCCAGACACCCGGUAGUCCAGGGAGUUCUGUUGGAGGGGUGCGUUACCCUCGCACUCUGGCAGUCUACUCCCCUAUCGCGUCUAGGAGACUUGCAUCCUUUCUAGAAUGACAAAAUUGAGUCGAGACAAGCACAGACCGGUGACCCACCUGAAACCGUUAAGAUUAGGAAAAGGGAUGAAGGUGAGAAGUCUGAGGACAAAACAGAAAAGGCAAAAGACGAAAAUACUUGGCCACAUACAAAAGCUAGUAAUACUGACCAAUCAGUUAUGACCGAGGGCGUCAAAGCCUGCCAGGAUGGCUCGAAAAUCAAGGCCCGCGUGAGGUUUCAGUUUUUGGAGCAGAAGUAUGGGUACUAUCACUGCAGAGACUGUAACCUGCGUUGGGAGAGUGCAUAUGUUUGGUGCGUCCAUGGAACGAGCAAGGUCUACUUCAAGCAGUUCUGUAGAACAUGCCAGAAGUCCUUCAACCCCUACCGUGUUGAGGACAUAACCUGUCAGACUUGCAACAAGGCACGCUGCAUGUGCCAAGUGACCCCGCGCCACGUUGACCCCAAACGCCCCAGACAGGAUCUGUGUGGCAGGUGCAAGGGCAAGAGACUCUCCUGUGACCUCACCUUCAGUUUCAAAUACAUCAUCUAGCAGGAACCUGCACCCUCCCCCACCCAUGUUAAGUCCUGCGGUGCAGAGAAGCUCUCAUGCACAUGUAAUGAGGCUCUGGGAUGUGGACUAAUACUUUUGAGAUUUUUAUUUUCUGGUGCCUUUAUUUGCGUUAUGAAUGAGAUUGCAGGAAAACACUACUUGAUGUUAAAUAAAAUGGCAAUACCCAGCAGUCUACUUUCUCUGGCCUUCUUCCUCAACCAGUGUCUAGGAUAACUGAUUUGAAAUAUUGACUACAUACUCAGUGAAAGGCUUACAGGCCCUUCCCAUCGAUGUCCAAGGUAAUUGAGUAAGAAGCACUACAUGAAUGUGGACACCUGCUAGUUUUAAAAUCAUGGGUGGCCAUACCAAGCAUCUUGACUGGCUGCACUAAGGUAAAGCUAGACUUGAGGGCCCAUGCCCAAACUUUUCGGACCGUGAACUUGACACUGUCCACAAUCAGCUCCUUUGUGAUGAGGGAGUUUGUCCUGGCACCUACCACCAUGAGGGUCAGCAUGGUGGAUGUAUUUCCUAACCUCACCACCUGGGAGGGCAUGUCAACAGCAUAGGUGUUCCUCUGGUCCAGGGUGUCUGUGUUGAGCCAUGAUCAGCCUUUUAAAACAUUUCAUGGCUACAGCUGUGCACACAAGUACAGUGUUUAGAUGCUAAUCACUAUGUAUGUGACUGUCAGUGGUGCACACUUGUAGAACAUCUGCCAUUAACUGAGAUUGUAAAUUCAAGCAAUGGUCUCUUGUAGAGAACUGACAAGCUGUGCCUCCAGGGUAGCUAACUAGACGUGACUAGUGACGUCAGAGGCGUAUAGGAUUUUUUUGCCUGACUUACCAGCCAUUAUAAACCCAUUGCUGAGGAGUGGGAGGUUACUGGAGCUCAGAAGCAUGGUUCAAUCUUAACUCUGCUGCCAACGUACUGAAUGUAGCCUUUUACGGUACAACUUACUACUCAGUGUAGCCCUCUAUUGUUAACCUUAACAAGUCUGAAAACAACAUUCAUAUGAUCAGGUUUUUAUUUAUCCAGAGAGAAGGCUGGUAUGUGAGAUGAAAGGAAAAACGUAUCCAGUAAUGCACCUCCACGACUAUUUUCCAGGUAAAUAAUAUCCAUUCAAAUGCAAUAGACAAGUUCUCCGUGAGGAAUGAGUACAGUGAUCGUUUACAAUGUGCCAUGACAAGUUUCCUGCAACGCUUUCAGACAUCUAGUUCAUGUCCUGCAAUUCGGCAGGCAGCAAGCAGUGCCUUUUCAGAAGCAAAAGCACGGCUUUAAUGGCAGCAGUUUCCCCUCAGAGCACAGGGCCAUGGCACAUCACCAGUGCACCGCUGGGAUCCGCUAAUAUGGACGAACACAGGCCUCAAUUUCCCCUCAUAAGGCUUUUUAGCGUGACCUGUGCUGGUGUACAGGGCCAACAUGGAGAUCACAGUGGAGAGAAGGAAUGCAUACGGCCGGGCUGGUCCAACAGGAAGCAUAAUCUACACCAGCUCGCGCCUUCAACCAGUUCCUCUGACCCCUAAGCACAUGAACCGUGACUCCCACCAGGCAGGCCAGUCUGGGAAAUGUUUAAAGUUUGUGUGACAGGAUUAUAAUAGCGGCACAGAUCAUUCGUUACUCAAUAUCUGCUCUGGGUUUUCUCUUCUCGCAUUAGCUUCAUACAUCUAAUUCAGAUUAACAGUGCAUUUCACAAAAGUACAAGAAAAAAAAUACUGGUUUUACACUAUACAUUUUCUAAAAUAUAUACAGAGUAAAAUAAGUUAAUGUUUUCAUAAUGAGUUGUAGCCAGUCUCCACUUCUGUGCAAUUAUAUGCAUGUGUGUGCACGCGAGUGUAUACAAGAAUAUCCAAUAUAUACACCACACAGCCUAAAGUCUCUACAGGCAGCUACUUAUUUGGUUACAGAGUGAGUUUCAUUAGAAGACCUGUUGAAGCUGAUGCUCGUCUCCAAUGCAAGUCAAUUAACAGAUACAUGUAUCUCUUUACAGUCCCUGUGGGGAACAGCUCCCCUAGGGUUACAAUUACAUGUUAAAUAUCCUUACAUUUACAACCUAGGAUGUUAGCUCUAAUAAAAAAUAGUACAUUUGUCAAAAAAAUAUUCUUGCAGUGCUUCUCUCUUUCAAGCAUGCUUUUGAACACUUUUUGUUUGUUUGUUUCUGAAUCCUGACAGGAACAGCCUGUCCACACACACAUCCUUCCGGGCUGACGUAGUCUCUCAUGCUCCAACUCUACUGCUAUGAGAACACAACACCAGUCUCCCUGACCGAACCCCAGGCCCCAUCCAGUCUCCUGAAAGGGCCUGAGGCGGCCACUGGCCAAUAUGGGAGGCCCAUCAGGUAAUUUCCGCCAAAACGCUUCCAGUUUAGCAUCAUCAUGCCCCUUACCACCCCUCCUUCUCACUCCCGGGCCAGUC